GUAGCGCAGCUGGUCUAGAAAGUAAUCUGCUUGCACUCACUCGGGUGUCGCUGCAGGACAGUGCCAAUCCUGCCCCAUCGCCGGCCAAGAGCGGAACCUCGAGCGGAGCGCGCCGCGCCAUGCACCAAUCCAGCGCGUCGAGGAAGUUGUGGGUGGCGGUCGGAGUGGUGGUCGCCCUGCUGGCCGGGGCCGUCGUCGGCGCCGGCGUCUUCUUUGCCCUGCAGCAGGGUAUACCAGCGCCGAGCUCCACGCCACCGUCGUGCCCCACCCCGCCGCCAUGCCCUCAGCCCCACCAGGACCCCUGCCCCGCGCCGCGAGUCACAGUGGACACCGGCGAGCUGCUGGGGCUCUGCAGGCCGGCCAACGCCUUCAAGGGAAUCCCCCAGUACGCCGCCUUCGUCGGGGUGCCCUACGCGCAGCCGCCGCUCGGGGAGCUGAGGUUCAAGGCGCCGCGGCCGCUGCAGCCCUGGCAGGGCGUGCGGGAGGCGCUGCUCUUUGACCAGCGCUGCAUCCAGGGCCCCGUGGACGCGCAGGCCGGCUCCGAGGACUGCCUGCACCUCAACGUGUACUCGCCGUGGCUGCAGAAGCCCCAGAAUGAGAGAGGCGACCUGCUGCCCGUCAUCGUGCACGUGCACGGCGGCACCAUGAAGGUGGGCACGGGCAACAUCAUCCGGCCCGACUACUUCGUCGCCAAGGACCUCGUGGUGGUGACGUUCAACUACCGCCUCGGCCACAUGGGCUUCCUGAGCCUGGACAGCGACCUGGCGCCCGGCAACGCCGGCUUCAAGGACAUGGUGGCGGCGCUGCGCUGGGUCAACAGGAACAUCGCGGCGUUCGGCGGCGACCCCGACAAGGUGACCGUGCAGGGCUGCUCGUCGGCCGCCGCCUCGGUGCACUGGCUCACGCUGCUGCCGGACACGGAGGGACUGUUCCGCGGCGCCAUCAUCAAGAGCGGCAGCGCGAUGACCACCUGGGCCUACACGGACCACUCGAUGCUGGACCUGAGCAGCCUGGCCAUGGCCUUCUUCGCCAAGUUCUUCCCGAACCACGAUGACGCCCAGCAGCUGCACGAGCGCUCCACGCUGGAGCUGGAGCUGGCCUUCACGUUCGCGGCCAACAAUCGGCCCAGGGACACCCCCAGCAACUACGAGGAGCCCACCGUCGCCCUGGAGAGACGGCCCGACGGCGGCGCGGAGCCCAAGCUCAUCCUCAAGGACGCCGAGGCCUACAUCCUGGAGCCCGCGCGCUCCAGGGUGCCCACCAUCAUGGGCAUGACCAGCUGCGAGUACGACGCGUACGGCAUCAUGUACCUCAUGCUGGGCCAGCUGCCCGCCAUCGACAACCCCGCGCUGGAGAGGAUGCUGCCGCGCAGCGUGAUCCCCACGGACUUCGCCAAGAAGGCCCUCGGCAUCGACCCCGCCACGUACACGCACACCUUCGACGAGGUGCUCGACGACUUCCGGCAGCAGCUGUUCAACGUCACCGCCAUCGACCCCACCUGCGACCUCAUGUGCCGCUGGGAGAAUUUCUUUUCGGGCAUGCUCAUCAAGAACGACUUGGUGCGCUCCAUGCGCAUGCACACCCGGGAGGAGAAGGCCCCCGUCUACGCGUACUACUACGACUACCCCAUCGACGGCGAUUGCGCGCUGCACGCGCACGACGACAAGGUGCUGUGGCCGGAGGACGAGCUGCUCGUGUUGCCGCUCAACACGACGCACUCCCUCUCCCUCAACAUCCUCCGGCAGGUGACGCUCUUCAGCAACUUCGUCAAGUACGGCAAACCAGUGCCGGAGACGGACGACACCAUCCUGCCCGUGGAGUGGACGCCGAUGGUGAAGGACCAGCCCGACGAGUUCCUCCGCUUCGGCAGGAACCUGACGAUGGACAAGGGGGACCUGCUCGGGGUGUUCGGGCCCUUCUGGCGCGAGGUGUACAACAAGUACCGCGGCGGCGGCGACGCCAUCUGAAAACCCGGAUCGCGUCGACCCCGUCACGUCGACGGCCUGAGGGAAGCGGGACGCAGGUUGGCAGUGUGCACGCCGUGAGCGGAGGGCGGCCAGCAUGGCCAGCAUGGCCAGCAUGUCGCGCUUCGAGUGCUGCGGGCCGCUCCGUCCGCCGUGGAGGUAGGCAGCCCAUCGUGCUGCCGUGGGCGCGGUCGGCGCGGUUGGCGCGGCAGGACGGAGCGGAGGCGAAUCUCCAAGCAGGCAGACGCCUUGGUGUCGGUGGCGGUGGCACGAGUCGAGCCUUUGCAGUGCAGGGCGCCGCGGCUGCCACCCUUUGCUGGACCUUUUUGCACGCUCGAGAACCACAAUCGAAUGUAAACGCCAAACAACAACGAAAAUCAGCGAAAUAAAGAAGAGGAGACUUGGGUGAGAGGCAAAA